UGUGCCUGGCCAAUGCUGCUCUGGGCACGGCCUCCUUUCUAAUUUUAUCACCAAAAUUUCACUGCAUUACCGCUAAUGUGGCAAGCAGAUGUCCUUAAGCACUCACGCUGUCACUGGCAGGCAGCAGCUAACCCUGGUUUUUUAGCCCUUUUUUUUCGGGUUUUUUUUUUGUUGUCUAGAACAGUCUGUCCACCCAUGAUUUUAAAAGAGAGAAAUUUAUUCUUGUCACUUCCAAAUAUUUUCUUUAGUUGCUCUUUCCUUGCCAUCUAUUUUUGGCUUAAAUUAUGAUCAUCCACAAACACUACCAAUAAGGUUUGUGUGUAAAGCCAGCACAUCAGAUCAGAGCUGCCCCUGACAGAGGGUCUGUAAAACCUCACUGGCUCCUUCCCACUGAGGGGGAUGUGCUUUUGUGUGGCUCUUGUUUGGUUUUCCCCUCUUGAAUGUCUUUUUGUGAGCUGGGAAAGGUUUCCACCAGUCUGGACACCUUGCUCCUCACCAGCCCCACGAUACCUAUUGUACAUCGACCUACAUGGAUGUGCAGGUGGGCCAAGUGCAUGCCCAGCCUUUGAUCCCCCCUCUCCCUGUGCCUCAGCUUCCCUCUUACAAAAGGGGAUUAACUUUGGUCUUGGGCUGAAAAACACAUCUCCUCAACCUCUGUGACCAUGUCCCAUGCUAUUCCUUACAGGGGAUGUGCCCUUUGCACCCAAAUCCUGCAACUCUCUGCUGCACCAUCCAUGGGUUAUGUCCCAAUGCCUCCCAGCUCCCUGGUGUCUCGGUGGCCCAGCUGGUGGUGGUGCAUGGUGCUCCAGCUUGUCCAGUUCCCAGUGCCAGGGCAAGGCCCCAGGCAGCGCCAGUGGGACUUUGUCCUGCUAUCCGGUGCCAGGGCAAUGCUGGGCCAAGUGCCAGUGCCUGGAAGGUCCCGGUGGCUAGUGCCAGUGUCCAGGUAUGCAGGUGCUGGUCCCAGUUCCAGCUCGCAGCUGGUGCUGCUGGUGUCAGGGUAGCCCAAGUUCCCCAUUCCUAUUCCCUGCCCCAAACGGUGCCAGCUCCUGUUCCCAAUGAUGGGCCCAUUUCCUGGAUGAUCCCAGGUCCUGGUGCCCGGACUAUGUUGGACCUGGAUCCCGGUUCACCGGACUGGUCCCCAACUCCUGGACCAGCGCCAGCUGGCGCCGUUCCCAUUUCCCACUACCGGGUGGUGCCAGUCCCCACUCCCAGUAGUGACCACAGUUCCCAGCAGUGGGGAGUGCCGGUUUCCGGUGCCGGUUCCCAUUCCCAGUGAAAGUUCCCGGUGCCGGUUCGCUGUCCAGUUCCCGAUCCCGUUCCCGAUCCCGGUUUCCCAUUCGCGAUCUCAGUGCCGUUUCCCAUUCCCGGUGCCGGUCCCCAUUCCGGGUGCCAUUCGCAGUACCGGCGGCCGGUUCCGCGGCGUGUCCCGGGCGCCGGUGCCGGUUCCGUUCGCGCUCGGAGCCCGGCGCGGUGCCGGGCGCAGGCGCGGUCCCUGCCCGCCCGUCGGGGCGGUGCUUGCGGGAGGCGAAGCGCUGCGGGCAGCGGCGCGCCCGGAGCGGCGGCACCGGCACCGGGCACCCGCGCCAGCCCCGGGCAGAGCCGGUUGGGAAGGAUGUUUUCCUCAGUGAAGCCGUACGAGAACCAGCGCUACGCCUCUCUGAAGAAGGAGUGCCAGCGGCGGAAGCAGCUCUUUGAGGACCCGCUUUUCCCCGCCAACGACGACUCGCUCUUCUACAAGUCAAGGAUUCAGGGCAUCCAGUGGAAGCGACCCAAAGAAAUCUGCAAUGAUCCACGUCUCUUUGUGGAUGGGAUCAGCUCCCAUGACUUGCACCAGGGCCAGGUUGGGAACUGCUGGUUUGUGGCUGCCUGCUCCUCCCUGGCAUCCCGGGAGUCUCUGUGGCAGAAGGUCAUCCCAGACUGGAAGGAGCAGGAGUGGAACCCUGAGAAACCCGAGAGCUAUGUGGGGAUCUUCCACUUCCAGUUCUGGCGUUUCGGUCAGUGGCUGGAUGUGGUGAUUGAUGACCGCCUGCCCACACUCCACAAUCAGCUCAUCUACUGCCACUCCAACUCCAGGAAUGAGUUCUGGUGUGCCUUGGUGGAGAAAGCUUAUGCCAAGUUGUCAGGCUGUUACGAGGCCCUGGAUGGAGGCAACACAGCUGAUGCCCUGGUGGAUUUCACUGGUGGGGUCUCUGAACCUAUCGACCUGACCGAAGGGGACUACAUCACUGAUGAAGCCAAGCGAAACCUCCUGUUUGAGCGUGUGUUGAAGGUGCACAACAGGGGAGGCCUCAUCAGCUGCUCCAUCAAAGCCACGUCAGCAGCUGACAUGGAGGCUCGCCUGGCCUGUGGACUGGUGAAGGGCCAUGCAUACGCGGUGACGGACGUGCGGAAGGUCCGUCUGGGCCAUGGCCUUCUGUCCUUCUUCAAGUCGGAGAAGCUGGACAUGAUCCGCAUGCGCAACCCGUGGGGUGAGAGGGAGUGGAAUGGCCCUUGGAGUGACACCUCUGAGGAGUGGCAGAAAGUGAGUAAAAGUGAGAGAGAGAAGAUGGGAAUGACAGUGGAAGAUGAUGGAGAGUUCUGGAUGACCUUUGAAGAUUUCUGCAAAUACUUCACGGACAUCAUCAAGUGCCGUCUGAUCAACACCUCCUACCUGAGCAUCCACAAGACCUGGGAGGAGGCAGUGCUGCACGGGGCAUGGACCAGAAGCAGUGACCCCUUGAAAAACCGCUCCGGAGGCUGCAUCAACCACAAGGACACUUUUCUGCAGAACCCCCAGUAUGUGUUUGAUGUGAAGAAGGCAGAAGAUGAAGUGCUGAUCUCCAUCCAGCAGAAGCCCAAAAGAACCAGUCGCAAAGAGGGCAAAGGAGAGAACUUGGCCAUAGGCUUUGAUAUCCAUAAGGUGGAGUUGAAUAGGAACUACCGGAUGCACACACUGCAGCAGAAGGUGGCCAGCUCCAUCUACAUCAACUCCCGCAGCGUCUUCCUGAGGACAGACCUGAAGGAAGGCCGCUACGUCAUUAUCCCCACCACUUUUGACCCUGGUCAUGAAGGCGAGUUCCUUCUCAGGAUUUUCACAGAUGUGCCUUCAGAUUGCCGAGAGCUGACACUGGAUGAGCCACCACACACCUGCUGGAGUGGAAUGUGUGGCUACCCACAAGUAGUAUCCCAGAUCCAUGUCCUUGCUGCAGCUGGCCUCAAGAAUCAGGACUCCCAAGGAGGAGCUGAUCCUUAUGUGAUCAUCAAGUGCGAAGGGCAGAAGGUUCGCUCUCCGGUGAAGAAGAACACGGUGUCACCAGAAUUCGAUGUGAAAGGGCUCUUCUACCGCAAGAAGCCAGGACAACCCAUCAUUGUUCAGAUCUGGAACCACAACUUGAUAAGUGACGAGUUCUUGGGCCAAGUGGUGCUCACAGGGGAUCCCAGCGACCGGCAGUCAGUGCACACGCUGCACCUCCAGGACAAGGGGAAUAGGAGGUCAAACGAUCUCCCUGGAACCAUUGCUGUGAUGCUGCUCAGCAGUAACAUCCUCACUAAUGUCUGAGUACUCAAGGGUGACUCUUCUGGUGCCACAUAUGUGAAUAUAAACAUGCACACAUACAUAUACAUAUAUAUAUAGAGAGAGACACACACAGAACCUACCUACCAUCUGCAAAGUGUAUAUGAACCAUGCAUGCAUUCCACUCCAAGGAGCCAAUCUUGUGUUUUCAAUGUUAAAAAAAUGGUGCCUUUUUUUGGGGAACUGCAAUGAUCCUUCUGCUGGCGUCCUCUGCAGCCCCCCUGGCUGCCACAUGCGCUGUGGGACCGCUGUGAGCACGCUGUGUGUCCUGACAGCCAGAGCAUGAUGCCUGGGGCUGUUUGUUUACACAGGCUGGCACACACACGUGCCACCACGCACACGUGUGGCCACCACGGUCCCACCAGCUGCUUCAGUGCAUCUUCAAUGUGUCUUCUUGGGUUUAAGUGUAGUGUGCAUGGAGUUGUCUCCCUCGAAAUUGCCAUGUAAUCGCUUAUCUGUGGAGGCACCACAGCAAAGGAGAAGUGGACAAACAGAUCGGGGCCUGUUGGAUGAUUUUUGGGUAUGGGUUUGCAUACUGCAACUGCAAGGAAAACGCACCAAGGCAGCCCAAAUCCACAGGGGAAACAAGACCAAAGGCUCCGUCAUUCUGGGACAAGCUGUCUCCACCCAAGUCUUGUUCAGCCCCAUGCAACUCUGAAGUAUAGAAAGAUGUCAACAGCUGUGGUGGGAUAACUGUACUCUGGGUCAAGUUUAUGAAUCAGUCUGGACCCAGUUCCUGUGGGUGCCUCCUGAACUCCCAUGGUGCCUGCUCUCUCCAUGUCUCCAUGCCAUCUCCAUCCCAAGAGCUCACCCCAGGAGCUGGGGUGGGUUGUCUGCUGGGGCAGUUCAGUAUUUAGGCAAGAGAAGAUUCGUUCCUCUGAAGGCCAAAGUGUCAAGUUCAAGGGAUGGGGAGCUUUGCUCCAUGGGCUCCAUCUGUACUGCUGCCUACCGUGCAUCAUUUCUCAGUGCCUCACUUUCUCAAAUUCUUUUUUAAAAUAGUGGGAUUUUAGUUUGUACUAGAGGAGCACUGCUCCCAGUGCAGCCUGAAAAUGCUGGGAAUAUAUAAUUCAUACCAGUGUCCAUCUCUCACCUUUAAUUUCCAGUCUCCUGUUGUGGAGGAUGAGUUGCACAGUCCUAGAGCCAGUCUCACGAGCACAACCCAAAUGCAUCCUUGGGGAUGUGUCUGGGGCUACAGUCUGCUCCUGAUUUCCAUGAAAACUGGGUUAAUCUUCCUUGUUCCACUGGGUGGCAGAAUCUGGCUUCUUAUAAACCAUCCCAGAUAAACCAAACAACAACCUGUUGUCUGACCUUUCAGCAGCUGACUAGGACAAGUUUCAAACCAUUUUUUUUCUCCUGUUGUUUGGGGGUUUUAUUCAUGUGCCUUUAAAGUGGUGCAAGUUAAGGGAUUUUUCAGUCAGAUUUUCUAAGCAAAUAUUUUGCAGUCACUUGCAUGCAAGUGGAAAUUAAUACAUAUGAUAAAAUCUUUGAAUCUUCCUAAAUUUUGACCUGGGCAGAGUCCUUUUCCUGCAAUGAAAGUGAACAGGAAAGCCUUCUUUUGCUAUAGCAAAGGGUUUCUGCUUGUCCUACUAAAUACUCAUGUUUUUUCUGCAAGUCUGUUUGUUUUUUUUUUUUUUAAUCCGUAAAGGUCUGCUAAGUCUAAAACACAGUGAAGUGUUCUCCAAAGUACCUGCUAGCUCAGUUUUUGAUGCAACCAGAAGUAGAUGGUGCAACUGCACUGAUUUUUGCAGGCUGUUCUUCCCCUUUCCUCCUGUUCACAGUCCUGCAGUUAAGAGUUUACUUUUUUACCAGAUUUGCUUAUGUUCUUAGGUCUUGUUUUUCAGGACUUAAAGGCAAG